UAAAUCUAGUGAGGGAGGAAAAGACCUCUGCUCCUUUGCGUUAGAGCUGAUAGUCUCUUAUCUGAGCAUCCGAGAAACACUCCCGUUAAUCGCACAUCAUUGCCGACGUCCUAAUGAUAGAAAGAGGAAAACGACUCUAGCUGUGAGACUAUCAGGAAAACGGAAACAUACCAGGAAAUUCAGUGGUAGAAGUUCUGAAUCAGAGACGGAAAGAUUAGUAUUUUUUUCUUUUUCUACCGACAGGCCAGUUUAAAACGAUCAAAAAUGACUAGACGGUCUUGUACCAUUUACGCCACAGGGAUUGUGUGCGCUCAUUUGCUCAUUUUGGGAAUCGCCCUUCUGCUGGCUCAAGUCUUCCAAACAAUGAUCCAAGAACGGAUAAAAAAGGAGAUCACGCUGGCUGAGAACAGCAGAGUAUUGGAUGGAUGGAUAAAUCCACCACCUCCUGUUUACAUGCAGUAUUUCUUCUUCAAUGUUACCAAUCCCGAUGAGUUCUUGGCGGGGAAGGAAAAGGCUAGAGUUACUCAGAUGGGGCCAUAUACCUACAGGGAAUAUCGACCAAGGGAAAAUGUGACUUAUCUUGAGAAUGGGACAAAAAUUUUUGCCACAAAUCCCAAGAGCUUUGUGUUUCUUCGCAACAUGUCAGCCGGAGAUCCUGAAGUUGACCGUGUGACAACCGUUAAUAUUCCAAUGAUUGCAGUGAUGAAUGAGUUAAACUCCUACUCCUUCUUUGUAAGGACAGCUGUAUCUAUGUAUAUGGGGUCCAUGGGCAUGGGCUUGUUUAUGAAUCGUACAGUUCAUGAGAUCCUGUGGGGUUUCAAAGAUCCACUGCUGACCAAACUCCACGCCAUGAGACCAGAAGUGGAUGAGCAUUUUGGCCUCAUGUACAAUAAAAACGGAACCCAUGAAGGUGAAUUUGUCUUCCACACUGGAGAGAAGAAUUACAUGAACUAUGGCAAGAUUGACACGUGGAACGGCAUCAGUCAGAUGAAUUGGUGGUCAUCUAACCAGAGCAACAUGAUCAAUGGUACUGAUGGCAGUGUCUUCCAUACCUUCCUGUCCAGAAAAGAGCUCCUCUACAUCUUUGCUGCUGAUCUUUGCCGAUCUAUUCAUUUGGGUUACGUGAGGGACAUGGAAGUUAAGGGCAUCCCGGCCUUCCGCUUCGCUCCUCCUUCUGAUGUACUGGCUCCUCCAGAUGAGAACCCGGCAAAUGCUGGCUUCUGUGUGCCUGCUGGAGACUGUCUAGGAAAAGGAGUCCUCAAAGUCAGCGUCUGUCGUCAAGGUGCACCCAUUGUUGUGUCAUUCCCUCAUUUCUACCAAGCUGAUGAGAGGUACAUCAAUGCCAUUGAAGGGAUGAGCCCAAAUGAGGAGGAACACGAAACAUACCUCGACAUCAACCCAACCACAGGGGUUCCCAUUCGAGCCUGUAAGAGAGCUCAACUCAACAUCAUACUGAAGAGAGUCCGUGGCUUCCCCAACACAAAAUUUCUCAAUGAGACAAUUUUCCCCAUUAUGUAUGUCAAUGAGACGGCAACUAUUGACGAUGAGUCUGCAGCUCAGAUGAGGAUGCUCCUGUUAAUUGUAACAGUGGUAUCCAACUUCCCAGUCAUCAUUUUGGCAUUGGGGGUCAUUUUACUUGUAGUCCUUAUAUUCCUCGUCUGCAGAAACCGCCAGAGAAAGAAUGAAGUAAAACGUAUUGAUUUUACUGAAGCUUUUCAUUCUUUUGCUACGACAAAAGAUGAAACCGCUUAUACCCAAGUGAGCAACCAAGCAGAGGAUUCGCCAGAGAACCGCAACAAUCAGCCUUUGAGGAAUGGAUCUUAUAUUGCCAUGUCGCCAGUGGAGGCACAAAAGUGUUGAUGAAGAUGACCGAUGAACUCUCACCUGAGGACAUUGUCUAUUCUGACCAUUUUUAAUGUGUUUUACUUUUCAUCGCAGCAGUCUUCUUUGGGGGCCAGUCACCACCUUUGGCUGAGGGUCACUUAUUUUACUAAAGACUUUUUUUGUUUUGUGUUUGUUUGUUCCCUUGAGCAUGGCCUUCUCAAACUGCCAUAUCAAAGCACCCAAUUCAGUUUUGUAGAACCAACUCUGGGUUUCCAGAGGCUUCCGUUGCCUAUUCCUCAGAGGCCUGAAACACACUCUUGCCUUUUUGAAAACACAAAUAUGCAUUGCAUGUUCACAGAGUCAUAAACCGUCUGAGCAUGAGUGUUCUGGAUGGGUGAAAAUACUGGGACCGCCUGUGCUCUUAAAGUGUUUCAAAUCUGUUCUCACACUACUGUAUACAGGUCAGCACAGGCAGAUCUCAACACAUCUCUUCAUAUGUCAAACCCUUUGAUAAUGAGCAGACAAAUGCAAACUGUUGAUUUCCCACCUCUUAAGAGCAUUAGGGAGCUAAAAGGUCUAAUAUGCUAACAAAAAACUGGGUCUUAUCCAGGAAUUUUGUGUGUGUGAGUGUGUGAGAGAGAGAUUGUAUAUAUGAGUGUGUUUGUAAUUAUAUAUGUGAGUAUUUCAGCAAGCAUGUCAGUGCUUGCAUACUUUUGUCACAUUGUGGUGAACUGCUCUGUUGGCUCACUGUUUGAACGACGCAGUGUGACAGCAAGUGGAAAAAACCUAGUGACUUCAACAGUCCUCUCUAUUUCAGUGUCUAAAUUACAUUCAUUGGGAUGUCAAACAUUUCAGCUGUUACAAAAGGUCAGAAAGAUAUUGUAUUGCAUAAAUCGCUUAGUAUUUUAUAAUGAACAAACAAUACUCACAAGUGAGACUUGAAUAUUUCUGCCUUACAAAUACUUAAGAACACAACGCGGUUCUGCUGCAUGGCAUUGGCAGGUGGAACUAGAUGAAAUGCCAACGAAACACCUCUGUUCUGUCAUAGUGAGAGCACAAAUAUUGGAUUAGACCCAUGGUCUAAUCGUAGCAGAGGGGGUUAAAGGUCAGCGAGUUUUGAGCAGUAAAGUUUGCACAAUUCUUUUCUGUGCAAGUUCAAUUUAUAUUAACCCUCUGUGGGUGAAAGACCUAGCACUUGAAUCACUACUUGUGUCUGUUGCUUUUUGUCCUUGAUGUUCGUCGCCUUAAAUGAAUUGAGGCCAUGUUUUAAGUCAACUUGAACAGGAUGUAUUAACUGCAUACUUCACAAAAUAUCACUAAGGAUAAGUCAUCACAUGUUGUCCAAAUAGAUGAAUCUGUCUGAAGUUGACAUAAUGUUUGUGUAUGUAUGGAUGUCUAAAUUAUUCCAGUUUUGGUGGAAAAUUCUGGAAUGAUUGACCUUUUGUUACUUAAUGUAAAUCAUCUGUUACCUACUGUGACCACGGUUUUGGUGGCUUGCAGUGCACAUUGUUGCGUAUUUGCCUGUGCCAUGGUUUUGCUUAUCCUAAAGAUUUAGAUUUAAACUGGAAACACUGCAUUUGCAGUGUCUUAUGCAGCUAAACUAAAAACUGAGGGAAAGUAGUUCAAGAUUUUGUGGAGUUUAACGGUCCAUUACAUUGACUCUCAGCGAGUAACACAUUUUUCAGCCCAAUUAGUAUAUACAUUUACAUAAAAAUGGUCUUUUCAGCACUGAGACUGACAAAGACAAACUGGACCAUUGAGUUGUAAGGUGGUUAAAUGUAACGUGACUUCAGUAUGAACGAUUUGUUAACCUGAGCCAUUUCUGUACAGUUCUCUGUCCAGAUUCCUUUAUAGUGACUUUUGCCCCUGUGCGCUUGACCAAAGAUUACACUGGGUUGGUAGAUAACUGGUUUGUUUGCUUUCCUCACAGCUGUAGUGCCAUUGAUUUUACCAUUUACACAAGCAUUAGAACCUCAUUGCUUACAAGGGCAUUUAAGUAAAAAAAAAAAUCUGAAAAUAUUUUCCAUAGUGUAUUAUGUGAGUUCAUAAUGUUUAAUAACGCAGAGAAAAUAAAAUGUUGCCACAGUGUGCAAAGAAACUCUCAGUAUUAUGUAUUUACACAGCAAUACAAUAUGUAAAAAGCAAAUUUUAUAAUGAAGUAAAAAGGUUUUGUAAUCAGACAGACAAAUAUUUAUGUAUAUAUUUGUGCAUUUCUGAAUUUAUAACAUUUUUUUCUUUUGUCUUAUUCAUUUUCUGUUUUUUUUUUUUGUUUAGUUUUUUAGUAUUACAUUGGAAUAUUACAAAAUGGGGUCAUCAAGGACAUUUCUCUUUAUUUAAAAAAAAAAAUCCUUACCUAGUACCAAGUGAAUAUUGUUUUAAAUUCAAGAUGGAACGGUGUAUAUGCUUUGUAAACACUUUGAUGGCAAAAGGCCGAUGUUGUAUUUGUGGGGUGUGAGCCUAUGAUGUGCAGUGAUCUCCUGUUAUACAGCUCAAACGAUCAACACUGUUUGUCCAACUGGAAAAACAAAGGGAAGGCUGAGUGUCUUUGAGUUCCUUAUUUAUAGAUUGCCAUAGUGCCAUGUUGGGUACAAGGGAAAUUUCCAUUUGCAAUCUAAUCUUUUUUUUCUUAGAUGAAUGAUGCCCUCCUUCAGGAAUGAACUUUUAGUGCCAUGCCAUCCUUGUUUAUUUCACUUGCUUUAUUAGCAACAUGUUUAAGCUGUGUACAGUUUUUUUUUUUCUUCUUCCUCUGUCAAGCCUGCAUUUUAGGGCUGCAAUUACAAACAAUUUUGCAUUACAUCUUUGAGGGUGGUCUUAAAACACUGAAUAUUUCACAAUGUCCUCUUGAGAUGCAUUGCAUUUUUUUUUCUUUUUUUUUUUGCUGCUGCUGAGAAUGACAAUCCCUAUGUCAUAUUAGGUGCAAAAUCAU